GGUACUCCAUGAGAGGGGAGGGUGUGGGGCGCUGGACCGAGGAGUUCAUAAUUUUCAGUCUUGGGCUUUAACUGAGUUGUUAGCACAACAGCCGCGUUACUAUUUUUGUUGCAUUCCUGUGAACUGAGCUUUGAUUGUAAUGGCGGCGGCAUGCCCAACGAUAAAAGUUGUCAUGGUGGGCAAGGCAUUUGCGGGGAAGACAUGUUUGUGCACGAGGUAUCUGCACAAAAGUUUUCCGACUUCAAACUCUAAUACUGUGGGCGCGGCAUAUGGUGCUGAAUAUCGGUUCCACAAAAAUGACAAGGUGAAAUUUGAGAUCUGGGACACAGCUGGUUCAGAAAGGUACGAGAGCUGGCUGCCACUGUACAUGCGUGAGUCGACGGCGGCCGUCGUCUGCUACGAUCUCACCAACGCCGCCCACUGGGAGAAGGCCAAGAAAUACGUCGAUGAGAUCAAACUGCGCGUCGAGGGAUGUCGGAUAUACUUGGUGGGGACGAAGCUGGACAUAAUUCAGAAGCAGGGCCGGGCCGCGCGUCAGGUGGACUACCACGACGCCGUCGACUACGCCGACUCCGUGCGCGCCACCUGCGUGCUCGAGACGUCGUCACUGACGGGCUACAACGUCGUGGAGGUGUUCGACCGUAUCUUCAACGACUGCGCGGCGGACGCGAUCCGACGGUUCGGCGAGGCGCGCGCCGGCGGCGGCCGCCAGUCACUGCGGCUCGGCACCGGCGGACAGCAGAAGAAGUGCUGCCUCUGACCUCUGCCGCCGCCGGUGACCGGCGCGCCAGCGGCGGCCGACCACGCCACCGCCACCGGCGCGCCGGCACGCUUCAGUCGGUGCACGCAUUCUUUGUCCAUAUUCUCGAGUGUUGAUGUGAUAUAUAGGGUCUUUCGGAUUUUGUCCGUGGCCAGGCUCAGCGUCGAGGGAAGGGUUGCCGUGUUGUACCUGGUUUAGGGUCAGGAUUUCGCUGUGCGCGGCGUGUAGAUAGGUCAGCUCCAAAGACAGGGCCAGUUCGCUGUAGGUUUAGCUCAGGUGUCCGUGCUUUGUGCGUGUGCGACUGAUAGUGCGGUACCGGGUCCCAGCGGCCAGGCAAGCGGGGACAUUGUGAUCUUUUGCUUCCAGGUCGGCAUGAACCAUGCGCCGUGUGUCGGGAUGUAUGAUCCGGUGAGACGUGCCUUGCGAAUUUAAGAAUGUGGUCAUUCCAUGAGCUUCACUUUUUGUGUUGUAGACUAAAGACUUCAUUUGGCUGUCCUCUUUUCUUCCACAUUUUUCUCGAAAGGGUCUUGUCUCAUAAGCGUGUGUUUUUACAAGGGCAUAGCAAGCCACACAUCAGGUGUCACUAGCUCAAAAUUGCAAACCAGGUGCCCUUUGGCUGGUGGGACUCAAGUAACUUAUUGGUGGUGUAUGCUCUGCUGCCAUCUUUGUGAACUGGCGUGCGUAUACCAGUAUGACAUAGCGUCUGUCGGCUUUCUGGAGGCUUUUUCCAGCGAUAAUGCGCCUCACCACGGGCAGUCAUGCUUCUAAGCACGACUGGUUGCCGGCACAGGCCAGUGCCAGGGCCUCGCUAGUCCGUGCGCGAGGGCCCGCUCGUCCGCGCCGUGGCUGUGCGUGCACACGUGUCGUGACGCCCGCCUGGGGACCGCCGCAGGGCUGGUCACCCUCACCCACGAGAGACACAGGUCUCGGUCAUGUUGGGUAGCUGUUGGAGGCGCCUGGGCAGCUGCGGGCUCCCGCGCGUGCCUUGGACUUCCUGGAGCGUUGUGACGUGGGGCAGGCCUGCGCAUGAAAUGGUGGUAGCGGCGGUCUGGUUUUCGUAUGUCUGGUUUGUCAUGUGUGGGUGCCGCGCGGAUACAAAAUACCCGUGUUGGGGCAUUUUAGAGCUCGAUGCGUGGUUUUAGUUCGAAAUCAAAUUUGUUCAAAAUGGCAAAAAUAGACUCACAGUCGUGCCUGCCGUGCGAUACCAGUCUGCGCAUUGAUGUAAGAUAUAAUGCGUAUUGCUAGCGAACAUACUGCCUGUUGAUAGCCGACAUCCUGUGUAUUGGUGUAGGCAUGCAAUCGCGCUCCAGGGUGUCACUCAUUCACAUCCAAGCGAUAGAGUAUUGAGAUUCAGUGCUGAGUUCAGACUCGGUAUUGAAUGCGCAUGUAUGCAUUGGUGCGACGACGUUCCGCAUUUCUGUUUACAUGGAAACAGCUCCGAAACCUGAUAGCAUCGCGCGACAUAUCUGGGUGAAAUACCUGCCACGGCGGGGUGUCAGGCCUACAAUGCCUUUCGGCAGCCAAGACGAUCAUGCGUAGCAGUGCCAGCCAAUCGCACGCAAGCUUUCCAGCCAGCCAUAUCCUUGCCAAGCGCAGUGCGGAUGCAAAUUAGACAGGUGCGCCGCUUGGGACGCUCUGUCGUAAUGUCAUCAUAGAACAGCGCGUAUUAUGUAGGAAGCACCGGGCGCCGCGCCCGCGCGAAUGCAGCUCCUGGGAGCGGACACGGCGUCCGCCUGUCUUGUUAUUGUGUUUGAAGUGUCGGUAACAUGCUUCGUAUAUCAUGUAUCGGGAAAAUAUAUUUUUUGGAUCAUU